AUGCCGGAUUACAUCAUUACAUUCAAACCGGAUGCCUCCGACAACGAGAUGCAGGAAUUCAAGGACCAUGCCAUCGAUCAGGGUGGAUAUAUCGUUCAAGAGUACAGCUUGAUCAAGGGCUUUGCUGUUUCGUUCAGUGAGAAAAUUGUCACUUCUCUCGAGACGCACCCUCUCGUGGAUAGAGUCGAGGAGGAUAUUCAAGUUCAGACACAGUAA